AUGAAAGGUGACCCCAAGGUUACAGAUUUGCGUGUCCUGCAAUAUAAUCCCGAUGGAAAUAUUUACUAUAAAUUAAGAUUCGCGGGUAAUUGGUGCGUAUUGCCACAAAGAAAAGAUAAUAAAGUUAGGACAAAACUUUGGAAUGAACUGCCAGACUUAUAUGCAACCCAACGUAAAAUAAAAAAGAAAAAAUUCGAGGAUUUCCAAGAAUUAAAAAAAGAUGAAGUUUUGGCAAUAUCUGAAAAAGUUGUGAUAAGACUCGAAGAUUUAAUAACGUUAAUCACUGUAGAAGCAGAAUGGACGUGGGGCCGUCUGGCGAAGUGUGAACAAGAUCUUAAACGAGUAGAUGAAAACAUAGACGAAAACAAUAUUCCUGCCAAAAAACCAGCUGGAUUAAGUUUUACAAUACACAAUAAUGGACUGGAUUACUCUGAUGUGGAAGCAGAAAGAAAAAAUAUAGCAAAGGCGAGUUUAUACACGUAUGGAUUUGCUGGCACCGGUACCCGCGAUAGUCAUGUUUGCACGUUUAAGGUGAUUUAG